GCGUAUAAAAUGUCAAGUGAGUGUGUAAGUUUGAAAUUGAUUUUACGUAUAAUUUUCUUUUAUAUUUAACAUCAUAUAAUGAUAGAUAACAAUUACUGAAUGAUUAAAGCCAGUGCUAGCUUAUUGAAAUUUUGAAUCAAUCUAUCAAUAGUAUCAUUAUUUAAAAAAUAGCAGCAAGCAUCCGGGAAAAUUUGUUGAUUAAAUCAAAUGUUUACUGUAAAUUGGCAACAUUGUUAGUUCUUGUUUAUUUUCGGCCAAAUGACGUCAUCACUACAUUUAAAGUUUUCAUAAGUCGUUGUAGGUGUGCGUUUAUAUAAAAUUUUAAGCCAUUCUUUAUAAAAUAUAUUUGUUUUAAAUGUGGACGAGCUUGUUAUAUACCUAUAAUGGAUACUAGAUCAAGGAAAUCAAGAUCGAGAACACCUCACACUCAGUUAGAAGCUUUCAGUAAGGAAUUUGUUGAUAAAGAAGUUUUGGCAGAAGAAAGUGUUCGGAUCACACGAAGCACCACUACAUCUGCAAAAGUCAGAGAGGUAAAAGCGGAUGCUGUUACAGUAGAUGAAGUUACAUCUACAAAUGUCCAACCAGUCAAAAAAUUAUCAAGUAAGUCUGAACAAGUGAGUUGUAGAUGGUUCAAAACUUCGGAUUAUUCUUCUGAAGAUGGUGAAAAUGAAGUUAGUUCAACUAAAACAAUAUCAUUAAACGAGAAAAAUCAAAUAAUAAAAGACGCCAAAGCAGCCUCGUCUAAUGGUAAAGGACAAAUAUCAGCUUUAGAUCUAUACAAACAAUCAGGAAGAUAUUGGGACAUUUAUCCGAAAACAGACUACACCUACUCACCCCAUUCAAGAGACAGAGUCGAAAUAGCGCCAGGCGUUGUGGCUAUGCCAAACAUGUCUCGAAAACCGAUCCAUUCCGUCAGUUCAUCUUCAGACGAUUCUCAUUUAUUCACAAGUGUAGAACACAAACAAACUAACACGGAAUCAUACGGUUCUCGAGGCGUCGAAGAUAUUUACCACAAUUAUAAACCGAGGCAACUAUUCAAUAAUAACUAUGAAGGUACUUAUUCAAUAUCUACCCAGAAGACUAGAUCUGUUUGGUCGAGGAUAAGAACUACAACUGUAACAUGGAUAACAACUAUUAUCACAACUUUUUUGUCGAUAGCAUAUUUUGGUUUCAAAGUUCAAAUCUCUUUGUUUACCAAGUUGCAUAAACUUACCAGUAGGAUAAUGCUUAUGGAUACAUGGUUGUUAUGGAAGAACAAGGUCGGCAACAAGGCUACAAAAUUAACGGCUCUGUGUGUCAUCCCAUUAUUACUUUUAGGAGGUUGGUGGUUAUGGUUAAACUUGGCUAGUUCACUUAUAGCAAAUAAAUCAGAAGAAAUAACAACCGUUCCCAUGGAUACACACGUAAUAGAAAAAAUUACUAAUAUUCCUCAUUUAUCUAUCGAUGGUUCACGAGAACGUAUUGAUGAGAAUGAGAUUUUUGUCAAUCAGCAAAAACUAAUAGACAGUCUUCGAUAUGAAGUAACGAAAAUAAGAUCUGAAAUGAUGGAAGCUGAAAAGACACGACAAGAAGAUAUGAAUAAGAUUAUUCGAGAUCUAAGUGUAGAUAAAACGGAUAAAAGUGUGUAUAUAACACAAAGAAUUAAUAGGUGCUGUAAAAACCCAAUGAUUGAUAUGGAGAGCUAUAUAAGCAAAAUCUUGGCGAAAUAUCUCAACGAUCCUGAAUUUUUGAGAAAUCAAAGAGGUUUUACGGAUUAUUUAAAAAAUAUAUUUGUUGCUAGACAGGAGUCGGCGUAUAGACUUGGUAACAUAACCGCAAAUAUAGAUGAUAAAUAUACCAAUUUAAUCAAUGAAAAUAGCGUUAAAUUGAUGGAUGGAAUAACGUCAAGGAUUAGAAGGGAAAUCGAAAAAGAAUCCAAAGUUAUUGAAGCUUCAACUUCUGGUGUUGUAACUAUUACAGACGAACGUAUCAAACAAAUCGUACGAAGUGUUUUAGCUAUAUAUGACGCUGACAAAACUGGUCUAGUAGACUAUGCAAUGGAAUCCAUGGGAGCACAGAUUUUGAGUACUAGAUGUACGGAAAACUACCAUUACGGAAAAGCAGUAGUAUCGGUUUUAGGAAUUCCGCUGUGGUACCCUGUGAACUCUCCAAGAACCUUGAUAACGCCUGGUAUAAGUCCUGGACAAUGUUGGGCGUUCCAAAAUUUCCCCGGGUUCGUGAUGAUUCGUUUGUCCAAAAGAAUUCAGAUAGAAGCGUUUUCGAUUGAACACAUUAAUCGUUUAUUGGUACCAAACGGUGAAAUAGAUGCCGCUCCUAAACAUUUCGAAGUUUAUGGUUUGACGGACGAAAAUGACAAGGAGCCGGUGCUUUUGGGUGAAUACCUUUACGAUUAUGACGGGGAACCCUUACAGUUUUUCAACGUCCAAAAAGAAAAUCAAGUUUUCGAAAUUGUCGAGCUGAGGAUAAUUUCGAAUCAUGGAAAUCCCAAUUAUACUUGUCUGUAUAGGUUUAGAGUACACGGUAAAAGUAUGUCGUAGUACAGAAAAUACUUUUUUUAUUCAAAUAUUGAAGCGUCGCUAUUUGGGAUUGAAGCAUGAAAUAUGACGUCUUCGAUGGUCUCAUUUUAUUUCUUAAAUUUUGUUUUUAUAUUAGUUUCAUGCUCUAGAAUCAAAUAGUGACAAAAGUAUUUUCACAAUAUCGAAGAGGCCUUGAAUUAUAAGCUAAACUUACUCCUUUUGAGAAUUUAGAUCAGCUCGAAACGUUGUACAGUAAUAACCCCAUAAAUCUACGAGAAAUGGUAGAUAUCGACAUAGUUUCUCAUUUUUAUCAUCAAUGUGUCAUAAUAUUGUGAUUCUUUUUGUGUUGUCUCACAGAAUACUGGGGGGUUGGUUUAAAAUUAUUUUUGCCAUGAAAUUCGGCAUAUCAUGGUGCCAUUUUGGGAUAGAAUACUGAUAUCUUGAUGUCCGAAAUGAAAAAAAAAACAUUGAAAUUUGGCAAGAAAAGCACUUGUAAAAGUACACAACGCUAAAAGUCUAGGGACACCCUCUAAAGGAAUCGUUUAUCAGGAAAUCAAAAAUAAAAGUAUCUGUUUGCUGAAUGUGUUAUUUAUUAAAAAAUUGGUUUUUUACAAACUAGUAUACAAGUUUAUUAAAAGAAAAAUACGUAAUAAAACAUACGGAACUAUGAUCAACGAUCGAUAUGACAUUCUAUACUUUCCAAUAGCAGAUUGAAACGCCUGUGUGUUGAAAUAACCAAGCAAUUAAUGGUAUCUAACUUCACUGCCACUAACUCAUCUGAGGUUUACAAUUGUGAAUGCAUCUAGUGCUAGAAACCUGUGUUUUCAAUUGGAUUCAUAUCAGGAGACUUGGCUGGCCAAUUCAAUCUCUGAUAUGUCUUGCUUCCAAUGGGUCUCAAAUCUUUUUUGCGUGAUGUGGGUUACGUAUGGGGCAUAUUUUGAGGUAAGUCCAUUAAUGGGGGUAGUUGAACAUUAUUUCUAUAUUUAUUACAGUACUGCCUUGAUAAAAAGUACCUUUAAUGACCUGAUUCUUUCUAGAUCCUUUUCAUCUUUAAGUAAUACCUACGUCCAUUUGGCCAAAAGCCUUCCUCUAUGUUUUCGUGCUUCUCUAUAGGUGGCUAUGAAAGGUAACCUGUAUCUACAAGAGUGCACGAGAAAAUAUUCUUCGAAUUUAUUGGAACACAUCAACCCAGUUAGGUUCUCAAAGUUGGCAAGCUGAGUGUUUUAGAUGAAGCUUUUUCAAUUAUUCGAUACGCACACUUUUCAUGACUCCCUUGUUGUAAAAAUAUUUGCUCUGGUAGUGAUUUAAAUUUGACUAUUCAUUAUUUGUUAUCGCACAUUCACAAAGUACCUCUUUUCUUCCAAAUCGUCAUAUUUUGAUUACAGAGACCUACCGGAGAACUGUUCCAUCUGUUAGAGUCAUUUUAUUAUUAUCAUAAAGUCCUGGAUGCAGUUGAAUCAGAUUUAAACCUAUUUCUAUCGUUGUUUUCAUAAUUCUUCACAUUUUAUAAUACAAUAUGGCAAAUGAAUGAAUGAAAAGGUUCUUUAUCACUUCUACAAGUCACAAAAUUAUGGCCGUUGAAAUAUAUACAUUGUUAUUACAUUAUUAUAAGUUAAAUGGGACGUUUCAAGUUACAAAUAAUUACAUAAUUAUGGUGAAAAAUUAAAAAUGGAGUCAAAGCAAUAAUUUGCCUCUAUGAUAUUGUCUACCGAAUAUAAAUGUAUUUACAAAAUUGGAAUAUGUGCAGGAUUCAGAGUUGGCAUAUCUGUGAUAUUUUCAUAGCGGGAAGUAUCGCCGUUUACAUGAUUAAAAAUAUCUUCUGUAUUUAAUUUUUAACAAAGUAACUUAGAAUUACGAGAUUUCGAGUUGCCUUAUAGUAUGUAUUAAGAUGUAGUCCUGUUUUACCGAUGCCUUAAUUUUAUUUACUACAGUUUCACAUUUGAAUCGCAUGCUAAAUUUUAUAUUUUCUCAUUUUUACUAACCGAUUUUUAUAUUUGCAAAUCACAUCUUAUAAAUUUAUAUAAACUAUGUUAUUUUUCUUUAUCUAUGACUCUAUGCCCUUACAGAGCCAGUUACUUUAGAUCCUAAACCCAAUUUUUCCUAUUUGUUUUAGCUUUUUUAUGGUUUAAUUUUUCAUUUUCCUCUCCAUGAAUUUAAAGUUCUACAAUCACCGUUGGAAUUGUUGGUUUAUAAUAUUUUAUCCCCUUUAUUUUACUGAUUUCUUCAUUUCUAUAUCUCACUAUUUUUUAUUCUUUUUAUCAAUUUGAAUUAGUCAGAGAUUUUGAUGUUGGUUUGUCUCAAAUUUAAUUUUAAAAAAGGACAACUGUUAUCAUUGUUAGGUUAUAAAUGUGUAGGGCUCCACUAUUAUCAAAGAGGAAAAUAUAUCAGUUGACUAUAAUUGUACUAAUAAUUUUCUAUAUAUAUAUCAUUUAAUGCCCCAAUUUCCUCAUGUUUCCCUCUCAAUUCUUUCAAUCACUUUGAUAUGGAACUACUUUUACUUCAACCUCCUGGCUCUCGUUGUAGCAUUGAAAACGUUACUGUAUUUCCGUUUACUCUUCAUCAAUGCCCUAGCCAGUUUAUUCUCUGUUUUUAAUCGUUUUACUAUAACUUCCCCUUUGAAAUCCUCUGUUAAUCUAUAAUUCAUAUAAAUUUUCUUUAAUCUUGGUUAGGCCUGAUAUUCUUAUCAUCUUUAUUUCCACUAUUAGAGUCUGUGUUUUAUCAUUAUUUUAUAUAUAUUUAUUUUGGGCUUCUUAGUUAAUAUUUUGCUUUUCAAGAUCUUCAUAUUUGCAUGGUAUGUUCUGUUAGCUGAUUUUAUUUUUUUCUUUCUAUUUUUGACCAUUUUUCCUCAUGGUAUUAAAAAUUAUUCGUAGUUUUGUUUUUCUUCGAAUCAUUAUCUCCUUUUGUUUUCUGAAGGGAAUUGAUUUUCAUAACUUAAUUUUUGUUUUAUUUUUAUUUAUUCUCGAUGCCAUUUCUUCUUUCUCUGUUGUCAGUUUCAUUAACAUACUUUCCAUUGUAGUUUUUUUGUUUCCAAGGUAUCAUCAUAAUUACCAACUUAAUUAUUCUGAAUUUUAGGCUAGAAAAAAUUAUACAUGAAGUACAAAUUUUGUACUUAAUAGUUCAAAUGGAAACGCUUCUUUGGUUUAAAAGUAAAAGUAGUAUUAAAUUAUUGAAAAACCUAAAGAUAACUGAAUUACUUUAUAUUUUAUAAUAAAAUUAGUUUGAAACUUGAUACAUUGACUCACGUUUUUAUAUAAAUACUGAAACUCUAGAUAAAUAUUUUAUAUUUCAGUUUAGUACAUAAAAAAUUAAAACAUGUUUUUGAGAAUUUUUUCCAAUCUUAUAUAAUGAUUAAAAUCAUAGUACAAUAUUUGAUAAUAAGAAUGCACAGGUCUUUUACACAGCAAUAAUACUAUUUUCAAUAGAAACGCAAUCAAAUAUUCUGUACUCUAAUAAAUUUUCAACUUAUCUGAAAAAUAAUUUUCGAAUCUUCAUUAUCCCCCCUGAAUCCGACCUCUUCAAAUAACUACAUUUUGUAUCGUGACUUCAAUAUAUUUUUAACGUUAAUCUAUAAAUAAAAUUCGUUUUAGUCAUUUUCUAUUUUUUUGCUAUUAAGUAGUUUACUGAUUUUUUACAAAAUAUCGAUCGCUAUUGUUGAAUAAUUGUACAUUUGUUAUUUUUUUAGUUAGAUGUAUAAAAUACCUACAUAUAUACAUAUAAAUACAAAUAUUAUUUUAUGUUUUAUAUAUAUUUUCAAUGAUUUUUGGUUCGACAAAUUUGUAGAUACAUAAAUUUAAAGAGGGUUGUAACAAACUCAAAUUAGAAUCGGGUCAACCUGAUUUGAAAUCAUAACUCUACUAGUUUUCAUUCUGGUAUUCAUGGUACAUAGCUCAGCAUGUAUUUCAGAAUAAUGACUAUAAUACAUUAUACAUUUAAAAAUAAUUAUAUUACAAAAGUAAUAAGAACAACUUUUUUCUUCUUUCCUCGUCCUGGCUCUAAAUUCUCAUUCCACCUCUUUCAUGGUUGACGUCUACUCCGUGUUCCAAUUCGAGAUUUAUCAUCUUUACCAGUAUGUCAUUAAACUUAUAUAUUGGUUUCAGUUCUCAAUCUAAAGAAAUCCCGCAGCUUAUUUGCUCUAGCUACUUGUCCUCUUCUACGUCUCCAUAAAUGGUUAUGUCAAUUGUUUGAUUGAAACAACUUGGUUCUAAGAUUACAGUUUCAGCCAGCUUUCCUGUUUCUAUCGAAGUUAAAAAUUGAAGCCAAUGUUUGUAAUUUCCAAAUUACUGUAACAAAAAUAAUAUCAAUAUAACAAAUAUCAUGUGAAUGGAAAUUUAAAAUAUUUUGUAAUCGUAUCAUGUUCUGAUGUAUGUAUGUACAAGUUGGUCAUUAUCGUGUAUUUAUUUACUUAACAACGGUUCAAUUAAUUUUAAGUUGUGUGUGUGUGUGUGUGUGUCAUUUUUGCACUUUUUACUUAACAAAUUUGUAGUUAUAAAAUAUCACUAUUUCAUUUCUAAUAUAUAACCAUAUGAUGUUCCCAUCUACCAAAGCUUUUUGAUGUUAUCAUUAUUUAUUAUUUUUAUUGUAUAAAUUUAUAUGUAAAUGUAUAUAUUGUGUAAUAAGUACAAAUGAACAAGUCUAAAUAUAAUAAAUAGCCUAUAGUCAAUACAAGAGUACAUUGGAAUAAUUAUCUUCAGAUAUAUAUCAUUGAAAAAAGGAAUGUAUUGAAAUUAAAAGAUAUCUUAAAUAUAUACAGCAUAUGCUCACAAAAAAACUGUAUCUCAAAGCAACUACAGCCUUAUGACCAUAUACACAUCAUUUAUAUCAAACAUUAAUAUUAAGAAUAGCCAUUCUUGAUAUUAUUGUCCUUCCUACUAUGUAAUUUUGAAUGAUGUUGCGGAUUGAGGACUCGAAAUAAAAUUGUCCAAGAGUUUUUUAAAAUGCCAAUGUUUCGAUCUUUUAUUUGAUCUUCAUCAAGGCUAAAUAUAUAUAUAUAUAUAUAUAUAUAUAUAUAUAUAUACUAAUAUUUUAAAUAUAAAAAUUUAAAAAAAAUGAAUAUGUUUAAUAUUAGCUCAGUAUUAUAAUAAUUAAUUUUCAUGAUUUAUAUUAGGUACACUCUUUGUAUAUUCAGGUAGGAUAUUCUGUACCUCCAAAUUAUGUCAAAAUGAAACUAUGAUUAUUUCAAUGUACAAUUUUAUAUUUUGUUAAAUGGAAUGAAUAUAUUUUUAAUUUAUAGAGUACCACCAAGAAAAGUUUUUUACUGUAAAAUUUUUAAUAUAAAUUGUUGGUAAGUGUCGCUUUUCAUUGUGUUAUAUUACAGAAGGUAAUUUGAAAAAAGUAUAAAAAUAACUUUAUUGUUUUUAAAAGCGAUUUAAAAUUUAAUUGUGUAAUUUGAAGAAAAGAAAUAUUCUAUUUCAGCAUAGUAGUUUUCCCCCUGUUUCCUGAUUUAAUUGGUGUGAGUAAAAUAUAUUCAACUUAUUCAAAUUUUUACGGAAAAUAGUUUGCUUAAAAUGUGAUAAUUGGGUUGCUCCACCGAUGCAUAAUAGAGUACUGUAAUAUCAAUCAUCUCCUCCCUACACAGUUUUUGAAAAGAAACCAUGAACAUUGCAACUUUUCUAAGCAAUAAACACAAAAAAUGUUUUGUUUCUAUCAACAUUUUUUUAUUUGUAUAAUGUACGUUAUUACCAAAACCUUCAUUAACUUUAAAUAGGUUAGAGCACAACUUCAGGUAAAUUGAAAUAUAAAUUGUGAGCAAUAAGAAUUCCUUCAGUUUCACAUAAUUUAAGAUAUAAUAUUGAUCGUAAACAAGAGUCACUUUACUAUAUUUAUGAACGCACUCAAAAUCUGAUCAGUUCAAAAAAUCGUUGAAAAAAGGGUUAAUGUGAUGAAACCAAUCAAAAAUUAUUUUUAAAAUAUAUAUAUCUAGUCGUUAAUCUAUAGACAAAUUGGAAGAUUACUUGAAUUUUUCCAAAAUUUAAUGUUUUUUCUAUUUAGUUCCUCUUAUAUACAUUUUAUCAGUUUCUUUUUCAUUCAUUAGAAACUAAAAAAAUUAAAUUGUAAAUACAUGUAUGGCCUUGUAAAAGUGGUUAAUAUAUUAUUAUAUAUAUAUUAUUUCAAAUGCACGUUUUUGCAAAAUGAUAACAAAAAACUCAGUCACAAUUUUGUUUAUUGAACUUUUUUGCAAGUAUUGUAUAAUUAUUCAAUUUUAUUUAUAGUAAUAAUAAGUGAAAAAAUAUAAAUGGUAUUUCAGAAAUUUUUAUUCAGAUUUGAAUAUGCAAAAUUGAGACGAAGAAUAUUAACCGAAAUUUGUAACCUAUGAAGUGAAUUAGUAUCACCUGGUGUCAACUGGACUUAGCUUGAACCUUCAUCUUUUCUGAGUAUUCUGUUUUUCUAAUCACAUUAUUUGUGUUUUUACUGGAGAUACACUCUUUUAGUAAACUUUCAGAAUGAAGUUAUGAAAAUCCAACAAGUGAGAAUCUAAAUGUAAGUUUUAUAGGAGAACUAACAAAAACAUGAAAAUUUGAGAAAUACAAAAUUUUAUUGAGCUAAUAUCUAGUGUGGCCUCCCUGUGUAAAAAUUACUGCAUUCAGUCAAUAAUGUACUGAACUAAUGAAGUUUAUAAGCAUUUCUUGAAAAGGCACCAGAUUCUUUUUGAAGUGCUAUUUGUAGAUCAUGAAGGCUAUAGGUAUAGCCGGUCAGUCCAUAGAUGUUCAAUGGAAUUGAGAUCAAGACUUCAUCUGUCAAAACUCAUCAAAUCUGAAUAAAAAUUUCUUGCGUAGCAAAUGAUAAAUUGAUCUACAAUCAAAAUUUUUGCUGGGAAGUGUACAUUUGAAACUAAUAAUAACAUAGUGUGUACACAUAUCAACAUGAAAAUUUAAUUGAAAAUUAUUGGACUUUAAAAACAGUCUUAUUGGAAAUGUGAAAAUAUUUUUUUAGUUAACAUUAAAAUUCAUACUUUUAUAGUAUUGUGUGGUACAUUUUUUUAUAAUUUGGAAAAUUGAAUUUUGUAUACUUCUUUUAAUAAAGAAUUUGUGAAUUUUUUCAAA